CGGUAUCAGCGUUGAAAUAUCAUCAUCAGUCGACCUCUUGUUUGGGGUCUGUAUUCACAAAGCGUCUCGGAGUACGAGUGCUGAUCAAAGAUCGGGUCACUCCUCUUACUCAUUAUGAUUUAAAAAGCAAAACUGGUCCUAAAUCAGUCAAUGCAGGUUUCUUCUUGCAAGCAUUCCAAAUAUAAUUUCCAAUAUUCUGAUGGCCUGUUGCAAUAUUCCAUCUCAGAAUUCUGUCUCUGUACAUCUGGGUGGGUCACCUGUCUGGCAACAGUCUUGCGUCUGCUUCUCCAGGCAUCUAACUAUCAUUAUAAAGCGUUCCAACAAUUUUUUUUUCCUGCUGGUCUGUUGCAAUAUUCCAUCUCAGAAUUCUGUCUGUUGAUUCUGUCCGGGUGGGUUGACAUUCUGUCUGGCAGCAGUGUUCCGACCCACCCAGAUGUCAGUAUUCUGUCUUGCUUUCUGUUUGUCUGGGUCAUGUCUGGGUCAACAGUGAUGUUCUGUCUGCUCAUUUGUUUUUUUGCACUUUUAUUGUCAACAUUCUAUGCAUAAUGCAUCAGUACACAAUCUUUCUUGUAAUUAUGAUUUGUCUCUUCCCUUGACCAGGUAGUUAAUCGAUAACUACCUUUCAAUUCUGUAUUCACUCUCCCAGUGAAAGUCCCCUUCUCAAAUAUCCUGUGGCUCACUCCUCUACUCCGUCUUCUCUCCCUCUCUCUCAACUCUUCUAUCCCUCUACCUCUUCUAUCCCUCUACUCUCCCUAUCCCUCUUCUACUCCUAUUCUUUCCCUCUCUCUCCUGUAAUCUUUCUCCCCCUUUCUCUCUGCCUCAUCUCUCUGCCUCUUUCCUCUAUUUCUCGCACUCCUAUCUCUCCCUCCUCUUUCUUUGUCUCCUCAGCCAUGUUGGAGGUGAGCUCAUCUCUGAGCCCGUUGAUGGUGCGGUUUUGUACAGGAGAGCUCAGUGUAGACUGUCUGGCCUCCCUGGCUGCCCAGAAUCUGGACUAUAUCCUGGCCUCGGCCCCUACACUGCCCCCUCCUCCCUGCAUCCCACCCAAGAGCUUCAAUGAUCGUCUGUUCUAUAUAUACACCUCAGGCACCACAGGACUCCCGAAAGCUGCCAUAGUGGUGCACAGUCGGUAUUACCGUAUCGCUGCUUUUGGCUACCAUGCUUUCCGCAUGCGCCAGGAUGACAUCAUCUACGACUGCCUUCCCCUCUACCACUCUGCAGGUAAUAUCAUGGGUGUAGGUCAGUGUCUCAUCAAUGGACUCACUGUGGUGGUGAAGAAGAAAUUCUCAGCCAGUCGCUUCUGGGAAGAUUGCAUAAAGCACAACUGCACUGUGGUACAGUACAUAGGGGAGAUCUGUCGCUACCUGCUGUCCCAGCCGGUGCGGCCAUCUGAGAAGGGUCACCGGGUUCGCCUGGCGGUGGGGAAUGGGCUGCGCCCUAGCGUCUGGGAGGCCUUCACCGAGCGCUUUGGGGUGGCCCAGGUUGGGGAGUUCUACGGAGCCACUGAAUGCAACUGUAGCAUCGCCAACAUGGACGGCAAGGUGGGAGCUUGUGGGUUCAACAGCCGCAUCCUGCCCAAUGUGUACCCAAUCUGCCUCAUGAAAGUGGAUGAGGAGACCACAGAGCUGGUGAGGGACAGGCACGGCCUGUGUGUGCCCUGCCGUCCUGGGGAGCCAGGACUGCUGGUGGGAAGGAUCAACCAACAGGACCCGCUACGGAGGUUUGAUGGCUACGCCAACCAGGAUGCCACCAGGAAGAAGAUUGCCAACAACGUCUUCAAGAAAAAUGAUUCAGCAUAUCUUUCAGGGGAUGUGUUGGUAAUGGAUGAGCUGGGCUACAUGUACUUCCGGGACCGCAGUGGAGACACGUUCCGCUGGAGAGGAGAGAACGUCUCCACCACCGAGGUGGAGGGAACACUGAGUGGUCUGCUGGGCCAGGCCGAUGUGGCUGUGUAUGGGGUAUCUGUACCAGAUGUGGAAGGGAAGGCAGGGAUGGCUGCCAUCGCAGACCCAACAGGGACAUUUGACUGUGAUGCGUUCCUGCGAGAGGUCCAACAGGCCCUGCCCCCUUACGCCCGUCCCGUGUUCCUACGCAUCUCCCCACAAGUAGACACCACAGGUACCUUUAAAAUCCAGAAGACCCGGUUGCAGAGGGAGGGAUACGAUCCGCGCUUAUCAACCGACCAGAUUUACUUUUUGAACUCCAGAGCAGGGCGUUAUGAGGCUGUGAAUGAGGAGCUACACAGUGCUAUAGUGGAGGGUAGAAUGGCUCUAUGAGAUGAUGGACUAUUUUAAGCUGGGUUUACACAACACGUUUAUGAGACUGCUUUGAGCCACAGCUUGUUGUAGCUACGUUAAAUCUAAUCACAUAACUGUUUUCGCGAUACACGGUGGUAUGGACAAUCCUUACGACCAAGUGAGGAAUCUUGUAGUGUGUGAGCCCGGUCUGUGCCACAUGGUUUAGUGUGUGAGCCCGGUCUGUGCCACAUGGUUUAGUGUGUGAGCCCGGUCUGUGCCACGUGGUUUAGUGUGUGAGCCCGGUCUGUGCCACAUGGUUUAGUGUGUGAGCCCGGUCUGUGCCACAUGGUUUAGUGUGUGAGCCCGGUCUGUGCCACAUGGUUUGGUGUGUGAGCCCGGUCUGUGCCACAUGGUUUGGUGUGGUGUGUGAGCCCGGUCUGUGCCACAUGGUUUGGUGUGUGAGCCCGGUCUGUGCCACAUGGUUUGGUGUGUGAGCCCGGUCUGUGCCACAUGGUUUGGUGUGUGAGCCCGGUCUGUGCCACACGGUUUGGUGUGUGAGCCCGGUCUGUGCCACACGGUUUAGUGUGUGAGCCCGGUCUGUGCCACAUGGUUUGGUGUGGCACCACUACGUUGGCAAGACAACAAAAUACUACAGGAAAGGCGGUCGUUUAGUGCGAGAGGCUCAGCCAUGUUAGGAUCAUGAAAGUCAUGUAGUGCACACCUGCUUUAGGAAAGUGACUGUCAAGGUGUCAGAUACUGGAGACUGUGAUAUGCUGGAGUGGAAAGUCUUAUCAUGCCUUUAUAAUGCAUUGUAAGACUUGUCAUAAGCAUGCAUGACCCCAUAUAAUGUCUUAUCAACUCAUAAUGAUCCUGUCUAAACAUCCAGCAAUUUUUUGUCAGUUGAUAUUUUCAUACGUUGUGAAAAAUAACAUAGUAUUAUAAAGGCUCAUCUGUGCUUAGAACACGUUAUAAAGCAUUACACCUGCAGGCUUUAAGUAGUGUUAUUGCUGAAGUCAACAUGUAUUAGUGUUUCUUCCUGGAUCUAGUCUAGAUCAGGGGACUGAAGGGCUACUGAUCAAUCAAUAAGGAAACCUUAAAACAUGGUUUUGUAACAGUACUAACACUGUAUCAAUAACGUCCAAGGACAAGGUUGGAUGAGGGCUUUUUCCCCCUUUUGUAUUUCUUCAUUUGUGUUGUUUCUUAGUUUAGCCAAAUGAAAAAGUUCAAGCCUUCAACACUACAAUGCACAUAGAGCAGAGCAAGUUUUCACAUGAAACCAGGAUGUCUGUUACAAUGACAGCAUUUGUCUGUUUGUUACAAUGAGAGUGUAAAGGAAAUGAGUCUCUUGAAGAUUGUGUUCCAGGCUAUUUGCUCCCAACCUUGUAAUAGUAGUGUGCCACCAUGUAAAGAACAAAAUGCUGAACUGAACAGUACUUGAGUGUCCAUGUUGGAUGAGGUGUUGCUACCUGUGUGUUAGUAGUAUGAUAGAACAUGCCUCUUAUUCUGAACACUAACUGUAGGAGUUUCGAUUGCGAGAUUCCUUUUUUUUAAUGUAAAACUUAACCCGAUUACGUAACAUGUUUGAAGUAAUGGAUGAUAUGCACUGACUGACCACUCAGGUUCACACACAUUGAUAUUAUGUGCCUUGUGGAAACCCUGUGGAAGCCCUGUGUGUCCUGGAACUAUUGGGGUUUUAUGCUUAACCUGACUAGGGAACUCCAAUACAUAAGAACAUUGUUUAAACAAUAUCUUCAAAAUCUGUCAAUUAGUCAGUGAUCAUGGUUGCCCUAUUAUUAUGUAAUAAAGCAAUUUCUCAGAGUAAUAUUGUAGAUAGAAUUGAUUGAACAUUAUUCUAGGUCUCCAUUUUCAUACAUUUGUUUAGGUGUAACUCAAAAUAAAGGUUUGUAAAAGAUA